AUGAGCUCUCCCGUCCAAACAAAAGACCCUACCAUCCCCCAAAAGAUGGAGCGGUUCUCGAGUUCUUUGAAACGUUACUCCAGCAUUUUAAGAAUGGCCUCAAACACGUUACUGCGGCAGCCUGCGCAGGUUGCAAAUGCCCACCAAAGUACGGUCUGGUUGAUGGAUAACACUGCCUACCGGCACCCAGCGUCACAUGUAUCCGGUGAACCCCAUUCAUGGCGAGUCGAGGUUGUGGCUUGCGUGUUCCGAAAGGAUAGCCGACGAGAUGUGAGCAAGUUUGUCGCCGCGAUCGCAGAUCUCAUCGGACUCGACGGGGCCGUCGGCACAGAAAAGGAGAUCCGCCGUCGGAUUGCGCAGCGUCUACAGCCUUUCCUAUACGAAGUCGUUCCGGAUCAUUCCAUGAUGCUAGAGUUACCUCUACCCAACCACACCACUCAAAUUCACCAAAUCGGACCCACAGGAGACAAUGGUAUUAUCUCGCAGGUGGUGAACACCGGUGUCCGGCAAAUAGCAGACGGGUCCCGAGUACGGGCUCACAUUCGGGGUGUUAAGGACAGGGCAUCGAUGGAAACGGCCUUUGCUGGGCCAGAAGGAUGGCUGGUCGUAUCCGACAUCGAUGAUACAAUCAAAUACACCAAGACGUCAGAUACAACUGGGAUCCUCCGCACGACUUUUGCGGAAGAACCAAGACCCAUCGCGGGCAUGCCUCAGCUAUAUUCUCGGAUCGAGUCAUGGUUCGAACCCACAUGGUUCUACCUUUCUGCAUCGCCGUAUAAUCUGUACCCUUUCCUUCGAGGAUUCUUGCGCGAUAACUUCACCCCGGGAACACUCAUUCUUCGAGAUUCCUCCUGGCUGGAUAUUAGCGAACUGGUCAAGUCAUUCACUGUGAACACGCAGGAAUAUAAGGUCGACCGCAUUAGGAAAAUCCGAAAAUGGUUUCCGCACCGGCGAGCGCUUUGCAUUGGAGACUCCACCCAAACGGACCCUGAGGCCUACGCAGAAAUCUAUAAGCGACAUCCCGAGUGGAUCCAUGCUAUUUUCAUUCGAAAAGUCAUGGAUGUGCCCCAUAUGGAGGAGCGUAACUCGCCGAAAAGAAUGAAGCCCGCCAAACGACGCUCUACGACAAUGGACGAACAAACCUUUGUCCCAGACACAAUGAGAGCUCUAUACUGGUGUCCUGCCUCCACAGCCCUCCGAGACAGCUCUUCUCUGGAGAAUCCCAGAGUAGACUCAGAAACGGUUUUCGACAUGGACUUUCCUACUCCAAAGCCGUCACCAUCCCAGUACUUGAUUAAAGUGCAGACAGCUGCAUUCUCGCAUGACGAACUCAGAUUAGCGAAAGAGCUUAACCCGUCGAAGUCUAUACCGCAAGUCCCUGUACAUAACUUCUGCGGCACAGUCAUCAGCACUCCUACCAAAGACCAUGAAAAGCCAGAAGGCCCGAUGUUCAAAGUAGACGAGGUCGUCUUUGGACUAGUUGACUAUGCCCAAGACGGUGCAGCGGCCGACUACGUUCUUACAACAGACGAUCAAAUCGCCCACAAACCCCAGAACAUAUCCGCUGCUGAAGCAGCUACUAUACCCCUGCCGGCCCUCACAGCCUGGCAAGCCCUCUUUCAGUAUGCCGGCAUUGAUCCCACACAACUCAAAGACAAGCGCAGCAAACAGUUACGCGUCCUUAUCACAAAUGCUCACCGCAGUGAGGUCGGAACGCAAGCUCUUCACCUCCUUCGAUCUCGAGACCUGUUCCCCCACCAUCGUCCUUGGAUCUGUGCAACCUGUUCCUCAGAGGAUAACGCAAACGAGAUACGCGAGCUCUCGCUGGCCGAUGAGAUUAUCUUGAUUCCCGACCCCAUCCCCAAAGACUUCGAUCUCUCAGCCGUCUUCCGCCGCAACAAAUGGGGUCCUGUCGACGUUGUCCUCGACUGCACAGGCGAGAAAAUCCUCCAACAAUUCAAAACUCCUGCUGUUAUCAAAGACGGCGGUGCCGUCCUUACAGCUGUGGAUGCGAAUCCCGUCCUAAACAUAAACCCGAAGGAGAGCGACGGCAAGCCACAAACCCAAUUCGUGCACGUCGAACCAGACGGCAGAACCCUAGAGCUGAUAGCCCACAUGGUCGAGGAGAAUAACGUUCGUGGCCGUGUUGAGAAUAUCGUUGAUUUAGUCAAUGGCGCCAGUGUUCUUUCUGAGGACGCUGCGGCUGCUGGUGGUGAGCAGCGAGGUGGGAUUUUUGUUAUUCGGGUGAACUGA